GGAGACCCCCUUACCGACAGUCGGACAGGAGGGCCAGUGAGAACCACAUACGUACCGCAACCAACAGCAACGCCACCGCCCACAAACAUGCUCGCCGUCCUCGCCCUCGCCGCCCUGGUGGCGCUCUCCGGAGUGUCGGCCAGCCCCACGAGCAAGGUCGCGCCCUGGUGGAGCCACAUGGCCGCGCCCAAGAGCAUCCCGGUCACCGCCCUGGCCGUCCCGGUGGCCAACACCACGCCUAUGAUCAUCGCUCGGUACGGCUACCCGGCCGAGACGCACACGGUCCGCACGGCGGACGGCUACAUCCUCGAGAUGCACCGCAUCCCCAACCCCGGCAAGCCCGCCAUCUUCCUACAGCACGGCGUGCUGUCCUGCUCUGCGGACUGGGUGGUGCUCGGCCCCUCCAAGGCCCUCGCCUUUUUGCUGUACAACGCCGGAUAUGAUGUGUGGAUGGGCAACUUCCGCGGCAACACCUACUCCCGGGCGCACGAGACAAUGUCCCCCGGCGACAAGAAAUUCUGGGACUUCUCGUGGCACGAAAUGGGCAUGCACGAUAUCCCCGCCAUGAUCGACGCAGUCCUAGAGAAGAGCGGGCAGAAGAGCCUGAUCUAUGUCGGCCAUUCCCAGGGCACCACGGCCUUCUUCGUCAUGUCCUCCAUGCGCCCCGAGUACAAUGACAAGGUCAAGGCGUUCAUCGCCAUGGCGCCGGUCGCCUUCUUGGGCAAGGUGGGAUCGCUGCCCCUCAAGAUCAUCUCCAAGGGCGUGGACGAGCUCGAGUUCAUCACCAAAGUGCUUGGCGUCGCCGAGUUCCUCCCCAGCACCUCCUUCAUGAGUGCCAUCACCACCCGGGCGUGCGCCGACGGCUCCUGGAUCCAGAGUCUGUGCACCAACGUGCUGUUCCUCAUCGCAGGUUUCGACCCCGAGGAGCUGGACACCGAGAAGCUUCCCGAAAUCAUGAUCAACGUCCCCGCCGGCGCCUCCACUAAGCAGAUGGUUCACUUCGGUCAACUGAUCAAUUCUGACAAAUUCCGACAGUUCGACCACGGCAUGCUCAACAACCUCUGGCAGUACGGUAGCAUCCACCCUCCAGAAUACCCGCUGGAUAAAAUCUCCACUCGAGUCUACCUGCACUAUGCGGACAACGACCUUCUCGCCGUCCCUGCGGGUGUCGAGAGACUGAAGGCGGCGAUCAAGAAUGUGAGGCUAGUUAGAAGGGUACCACACAACACCUACAACCACUUGGACUUCCUGUACGGCAGGGACUCUGUGCCUCUGAUCUACGACCAGGUCAUGGACAGCAUCCGCGAAGUUCUGGAGGAAGAGCAGUAAACUUCCCGAACCGUCGCGGCCGCUGUGGUGGUCACAAUUAUUCACCAAGUUGUAAUCCGCAUCCAUAUCAUAACACUGAUAACUCGGAAGCAAAGAAUGUCACCUCGCUGAUUGUUGCUGUGAGCAUUUUCGCAUCGCGAAAGCAAAGACACUGAUAGGUUUAAGUAGUAUUAUGCCAUGUGCCAUUGUAUAUAAUAAACUAAACGACGGCUGGCUUUGACGUCAAAUCGUUUUCUUUUAUGUUUGUGUACCUGACCAUUGUAAUAUUUGUACAUAUGAAAACUCAAAUAAAGAUUGUUUUUAUGAAA